CUUCUACUUCGCUGUAUCAAUACUGACCUUGUUAGUAAGAAAGUUAUUUCUUUUGAGUUUUAGACAUGACCUAUGUUAUUUCUUUUGAGUUUUAGACAUGAACUAUAGAAAUAGGAAGUGGUGAUUUUAUUUAACUCUGAAUCAGGUGAAUGAGCUGCUGAGACAUUCAUCCAUGCCAUUAAUUUUUCUUCCUUCACAAGUUCAACUUCUAAAGUUUUUUUUUUAAGAACUCAUGCUUAAGAAACUUGCAAUGGAGGAUAAAAAAUUAAGUGUCUCUUAAGCAAAGUUCUUAACACAUACUCCCUCUGUUCCUGAAAUUAAGAUUUUCUAAAGUAUGCACGCUUAUUAAGAAUUUAAUAAAUGUUUAUAAUUUAAUUUAUUUUUUACUUUAUUAUACACUUUCCAAUAACUUUCCACCAAUGAAAUUUAAUCAAUUCAAAUAUUCUCAAUUAAUGUUCCUCAAAAGUAUAAAAAAGUACCUUAACAAUAUAGAAAAUCUAUCUUUAUGGAACAAGAAAAAAAUCUAAAACAUCUUACUUUCGGGAACGGAGGUAGUAUUUAUUACUAAACAAUUGAUUAAGAGACCUUAAUGGUUUCUAGGGAUUAUGGUGCUCUAACGGUCGUACUUGUCUCGUCAUCGUCAUGGACACUCACCAUUUGGAUGAAGCUUUGGCCGCAAGUCACCUCUUUAGAUAUCAAUUUCAAAUUAUUAUUUUUCUCUUAGUAAUUGUUAUUUAAAAAAACACACAACAUAUGAAUUUUUAUUCUUCUAACUACUAAAAAUCGGGUAUGAUAUUUUGUAAAUUGUUGAGAUACUGAAUCUUCCGGAUUUGAAUCAUCAAAUAUAUAUGCAUGACAUUGUUCCUACUAAAAAGAUGCAUAUAUGAAAACAUUGAAAAGUAUAUAUAUAUAUAUAUAUUUUUUUUUUUCCUCAUGAAAUAUUUUUCUCAUACUUUUUACCACUCUUAUUUAAAAAGUGAUAAAUUGUAGAUUUGCAUAUCUAAUCUAUUAAUAGUCAUUAAUUUUUUUGACUUAAAACAGAAGUCACAAUAUUUUUGUUGUCUACUUAUUUAUAGUUUAAUAAUUCUACACCACUCAAAAAUAGCUGUUGGGAACAAGUAUUAGAAAAUAAUUAUCAUUUUAUAUAAAAAUAGACAUAUUAGGUUUGAAUAAAAAUCAUCAAACUAUAUUUGCCACAACUUAUUAAUAAAAUACAAAAUUAAUAUUUCAAAACUUAUUUUUGUGGUCAAUCUUCAAAAUGUAAAAUUUUAAUUAAAAUAGAAAAUUGUUAAAUACCUUUAAAUCGAUGUAAUCUUCCUCUUUCUUGUCCCAAAAAAAAUCUUCCUCUUUUUAUUUAUUUCCUUUUAUAUCGUGCAUUAUUUCUCAUUCUCAGUUCUCUCGCACCCUUUGGUAAAUAUAUAUAAAUUUGACCUAUUUUAUAGCCUCCCCAUCUGUUAUAUUUUUGCUGGGCUCCUCAUUUACGCGUCCCUUCAUUAUAUUGAAUUCUCUCUAAUGCAUUGCUUCACGAUUAAAAGCAAACCAAAGCUUUGAUUUUUAUGAAUAUUCAAGGGUAAAUGGUCAGCAAAGGAAUGGGAUCAAGCUCUUGUCUUAAGCAAGGUCAAGUGCCAAUGGACAAUGUUCACAUUACACCCGAAGCAACCUAUGAAGCUGUGGUUGCAGACUCUAAACUGUUCAUGGGUUCCUUGGAGAGGCUACACUCUCAAUUGAGUACUAAAUUCAUGGUUCCGAUUAUAGGAGGGAAAGAUUUGGACUUGCACAAGCUUUUCAUUGAGGUAACCUCUCGUGGUGGAAUCAUUAAGAUAAUUCAUGAAAGGAGAUGGAAAGAAGUAACAUCUAAGUUUGACUUCCCUGCAACAGCAACAAACGCAUCAUUUGUCAUGCGCAAAUACUACUUCUCCCUGCUUAACAACUAUGAGCAGAUCUAUUUCUUCAGAACUAAUAGCCAGAUGCCUCCAGACUCUCUCCAGAACCAAUCCACUGUGGUGGGACUUGGAACCAUAAGACCUCCACAAGAACUUCAAGCUCCACAACCAAGGAUUGAUUUUGGAGGAUCUUUAACUGGUCCAAACGUGACUGGAGUGAUCGAUGGAAAAUUCGAAGACGGUUACCUUGUAACUGUGACAAUGGGAACAAAGCAGCUUAGAGGAGUUCUCUACGAGCUUCUUCCUCAACAGGGUCAUUGUAGCUUUCCCAACACUAAUGUCAACCUUCAGGGGGUUACUACAAAGCGUCGAAGGAGAAGAAAGAAGUCAGAGAUCAAGAGACGCGACCCUGCUCAUCCCAAACCCAACAGAAACGGUUAUAACUUCUUCUUCUCAGAUCAGCACGCUAGGCUAAAGCCUCUUAACCCUGGCAAGGACAGAGAGAUCAGCAGGAUGAUUGGUGAGCUCUGGAACAAGCUUAAUGAGCAAGAGAGAUUGGUUUACCAAGGGAAGGCGAUGGAGGACAAGGAGAGGUAUCUGAUUGAGAUGGAAGAGUAUAGAGAGAAGCUUAGGACAGGACAGCUGAUGAUAAGUAACGCUGUUCCAUUGCAGCAGAGGGUUCCAGAGCAGACCGCUGAAGCUGAUCUUGUAAUAGAAGAAGAGCAAGAAGGCGAUUCAAGCGAUUGCUCAGGAGAAAGCGAGCCACGUGAUGAUCCUGAACUGGACGACGGGCCAGCUCUGAAUCAUUUAGGUCUAAACCUUAACUCUAAUAGGACUGCUAUAGUGGUGGGCGAUGUUGUGAUGGAAACAUGUCCGAGUAAGAAACCUGAAGAGCCGAGUGUGGUGGUGGCUGCUGAGCAGAAGUGAAGAUUCUUCUCUUGUUUCGUUUUCUAGUUGCUACUUUUUUUUUUUUGUAUUACACAGCCACAGGUAUAAGGAGGUUAGGGUUUCACAUGGUUACUUGUGGCAUAAGACAAUGUUUUUAGGCUUGGUACUGCUGUUUUGUGUUUUUAUUUUAUUUAGGUUUUCUUCUGCAACAACACAUGUUUUGGAGUGAAUUUUUUUAACAUUUUUGUUGGUCUUUUA